AUGGGACCAAAGCGCAACCCUCGCAAAUCGAGCCAACGCGUUCGUACUCCUCGCAAGACAGCUCCGCCAGCCCCGCAACGCCCCUUCCGAGGAACCAUCAUGCCUCCCUUCAAGGAUGAGCAUAUACUUCUUAUCGCGCCGGGUUCGCAAAUGACCCUGGCGCAGCUUGGUCUCCCCGAAACGUUUACGCCCGCGCAAUCCCGCUUCCCAACUCGCAUGUUCCCUGCCGAGAAAAAGGGAGAGUAUGAACCCUAUCGAGUGAACGAGAAACGCCAACAGGUCAAAAUCAGCAAUGGCACAACCGCCCCUAAGCCCGACGUGGAGAUGAAGGAUGCGGAAGCCGCCACACCAGCUACUGAAGCUGCCGUCAAGCCUGAAGGCGAGACUGGAGCGACUGAGAAUCCUGACGAAUCGACCAAGACCGUCGAGGAGAUCUUUUACGAGGAAGAUGUAGCUUCUGACGAAGGCGCAAUCUACCCAAUCCAAAACGGGCGCAUCGUCGAUUGGCCCUGCUUUUUUGCCCUUCUCACCCACGUUUACAACACCCUGAGUCCACCUUUCCACACCCCAAUUAUGCUCGUUGGACAGCCUGCCUGGUCCGCGCGCGAUCGCGAAGCAAUUGCGCAAUUUAUCUUUGAGAAAUUCAAGGCACCCGCAUUCAGCAUGAUGGACUCGGCCCUCGCAGCUUGUUACGGUUAUGGCACAUCGACGGCCACCGUUAUUGAUGUUGGAAAGGGUAAGGUGGAUGUGACGGCCGUGACCGAUUUUGCAGUCAACGAACAUGGCCGUGGAAUCGCCCUGGAAGGUUGCGGUGGAGACGCUAUGACCGAUCGGCUGGUCGAACUUCUCGGCCACAAGGGCUUCACUCGAGAGAUGUGUGAGCAGCUGAAACGAAGCAACAUUACCGAGAUUCUGCCGCCAGGCACACCACUCCCCGGAGCUGCCGCCACCGCGCGCCAGGGCGCUAACCCUGCCGCGGCGGCUUCAACCGGCGGUCCGGACGCAAAUGAUUCUGCCCCUCGUGGUCCUGGUGACGGAACCCAAACAGGGACCGAUGCAAAUAAUGAGGACGAAGAAGAGGGUGUUCUCGAUGUAGCUGCCAUUGUCAGCGGCAACACCACUGAAUAUUUGGCCAACAUCGAAAAGGAGAAGACCACUAAUAAGAAGGGUGCAACUGACCCUAAGGCAGCUCGUCUACCCAACUCAAAGAAAGAGAAAGCCUCCUUCCAAUUUGAGGGCUUCGCGCCGCUCGAGGGCGAGAAGGCCGCCGCCAGCGGUCCUCGUCAGUACGUCCGCCACACUCGGGACAUUGAGGUCAGCGUUGAACGUUUCCUCCUGACUUCGCCUCGUUCCAACACCGGAGACCGGUUGACCAGUGGAAUUCUCGAAGACAUUGCUACCCAAAUCCACCACACUAUCCUUGCCGUUCCGGACGCCACAAAACGCAGCGAGCUCUGGGACUCCUUAAUCAUUGUCGGAUGCGGAAGCAAAGUCAAAGGUUUCACCCAAGCUUUACUUGGCGUCAUCACUCAAAAGUUCAUCCUAUCUCCUUCUGGCACCAUCUUCACGUCGGAGAUCCCAUCAACCUUCACCACCCCUCUCCCAACUGGCGGCACCAACACCCCAGCACCCAUGGGCCAACCCGGGCCCAUGUAUCACCCAGCUGCCCAUGGCGUCAACCCCCUCCUCGUGGCCGCCACUCACAACAACCCCGGCAUGCCUGGCGUGAUGCCCGGCACUCCCUCCAUGGAUCCCAACAUGGCCUCUCACUAUCGCUCUACCGGCCACUCUCAGACUCCAACUUCAACGAAGACUUUGAAACUCCCCGAAUAUUUCCCCGACUUCAAAGACCAGGGCAACAGCAACGCCCCCGGCGCCAGUGCAGGCAAUACCGGAGUGAACCCGGGCGCUUCUCAGAGCGGUCAUGGGUCAGAAGAGGCCAUUUUCCUUGGUGCUCAGAUGGCCGCCAAGGUCUUCUUCGUCGUUGACCAGGGUCUCAGCAAGGGAUACAUGAGCCGGGCUGAUUACAACGAGGGUGGACCGUCUGCCAUCCACGAAUACAUUUUGUGA